UAAUUGGUAAAGUGUUUCUCAAUCUGAAUGUGCUUUUCAAGACACAACAUAUAAGACACAAGAAAACAUUUUAUCCUCAACAACGAGGUGAAAGACCCGUCAUAUUUUUAUUCGGCAAUACGAUGACCGAGAGGAAAAAUUGCUGAACACUAAUUGUCCGCCAAAGAUGGAAAAAAGACUUAGCGUCGGCUCAAUGAAUUAUUAGAAGAAACGUUCGAGAUUCUAGUUUGAGGACGGGGAUUGGAUUGCUGGAAGCACAAUGAGGAAGAGAGGACGACAUUCGGCCAAUUAGAGCAAAUUUUUCACAAGAUAGUCGAUCCAAUCAUCCGUCAACGUUUCGCCGGGCCGGCAGUGACGGAAGAAAAGAACAAUUACGUGAAAAUGAACAAAGAAAUCCGUUUAAAUAAUCCCGAGGCUAAAUCCGAAUAUGAAACGAUGACCAGCAAUGAAAAUCGACAAGUCGUUUCGCUUUGAAACGCUUCCACUUCGUCACAGUGCCCAAAUGCCCCCCGCAAAUUGUAUCCGCAGUUGAGUGUGACGAAUUACAUCGACGCCAGCACGGAAAUCGACACACUUCCACAGCCCCCGUUAUCUUUUCAAAAGAGCCUGGCAGACAACUCGACACAACAUUACCUAGACGUGUUACCUGACCCACAAGUUUGAAAAUUUCUUUCGCAUCCAUUCCCGCGGUUAUAUUGGUCGUGUUAUCACCAUUUAAGACUUAAGAGAAAAUGUUUCCCUGUUCGUAAUGCCGUGAAUCAAAACUUUUCGCUAAUCUUCAAUUUCUUCUGAUUACCAUGGCGACACAAGAGUUACCGUCAAAUCAAAUGUGUUCUUCCUCGGAUUUAUACUGUGCUAUCUACAUGCAGAAAUGCUGAAAAUGAAAUUGUGCAAAGCCAUAACGUCUGCCCCAUUUCCAACUUUUUGUUUUUUUCUUUGACUUGGGGAGAGAGAGGACAACAACAAAAUGAAAAUACAUAUCAAAGAUUAAUUUGACCACCUUAAAAAAACCUGGUGCCUGAGACAGUUAUCAUGAGUUGUUCUAUUUGUCUUCUACUCGACCACAUUAUCUUAUCUUAUUUUACGACGUUUUACGACUUUGUACCGUAAAAUCCCUUUCAUAAGCACAGGGUUAAUCAGCUGUUUUCAUGGCGUCAACGUUUAGUUUGUCCAUUUACUGCGUGCUAGUCAAACAUUCGUUGGAAGCAAGUCAUUCGAGCUAGUCGAAUCUCUUUCUGUCGUAUUUUAAAAGGACUACAAGUCAUAUUCUGCUAUCUUCAUGCAUGGCUGCUGAAAAUGAAAUUGUGCAAAUCAGCAUUAUGCCUGUCCCACAUGCAACUUUUUGCUUCUUCUUUAACUUUUUUUUUUGUAAUGAGUGGGGGGGGGGAUGCAAGUACACUCAAAGAUAAAUUUGACCACCUUAAACUAAAAUUGAAAAUCUGGUGCCUCAGACAGUUAUCACGAGUUGUUGUUAUACUAAUGUUAUAAUUUGACCUCGUUGUUUUAUCUUAUCUUAUUUUAUACGACCGUGUCGUCUAACAUCCUUUUCAAUAUGAAGUUAAGUUAGCUGUUUUUCUUGUUUCAAGUUUAGUUUGUCCGUUUACUGCGCACCAGUCGUACUUACUGGUGGAACAUUUGUCUUUAGUCGAACCUAAGAAUCAUUGAGCUGGCCGAAAGAUUUAAAAUCAUUCAAACACGGGUGAACAAGUACAUAGUUGCAAAAGAAAAUAUUGCAAAAGGUUGACACAACUUCUGGCGUCUUGCAUCUGGAAUAUCUAAUGGAAGCAUCCAUCUUUCUCCUGGAGAGAAGUUUCUGCUUCGCUACAAUUUGAAACAACGCUACAAAUACGGAAGUGACGUGAGAAAAAAAAAGUGAAGUUGCCAAAUUCCUCGUUUGAUGUGCUCGUUCAAGCAAACGGCUGCGUUCAACUUUUAGUACCGCGGUACAAUAAUUGCAAAGUUAGCACUAGAUGUCGUUCGGUUGCCUUUUUUUCGUGAAAAAUACAGCGGGACUUGGCCUUCGGCUGCUCUACCAGCAGGAGAAUAAAAACAAACUUGACAGUUGUAGUAAGACUUGGAAAGUCGUGGUUUAAAAUCAGAUUUUUAAUAUAAUUCUACAUACAUGCGAAACAUUAAUUGUGAACAGAAAUUCAGUUGAGAAUACACGACGGAUUAUUUCUUCAUCAAGUGAACUGUCAACUGCUGAGGGAGUAGCGGAUCCUGCCCAACAAACCACACGGCGGGAAAAAAGGUAAAACAAACAUUUCAAUGGCAUCGGAAUUUACGCGUGGUGACGAACCAGCGCCUGUUGCUGAAAAUGAAACUGUGCAAUCUAGUAUCGCGUCAACAGCCAACAUCAAGGAGAAUAAGAAGAAAAAGUUGCUCGAUGGUUCCCACGGUCAUAGGUUUGAAUCGAAAUUAUUAUCGCUUUUUUGUAUCCGCGGACUGGGUGCCGGUUACAAGUUUGAACUGAGCAAAGAAAAGGAGGAAGAAGGCGGGAAACUGGAAGAUUUGAUUUUUCGGUAUGAAGUACCUGAUGAGACAUUAGAAGGCAAACACUGGCGAUAUCGAUACCUGCAGGCCAAGCACAAAGAGAACGGAAAGGAGAAAAUCGCGGCAGAUCACCUACUCGAUUAUAAACCCAAAGGAGAUUUCAGUUUACCGAAAUAUUUCCAUUCCUUUUACAAGAUAAGGGCAAGGGGUGACGACAUUCACGAUUGCAUAAUCUGCACUAAUAUCGGAUUCAACUUGGACAGUCUAACGGAGGAAAAAGUAGAGCUGGUGUCCAUUAAUGAUCAGCCGGAAGAUAUUUUAGAGUUCGUUGCACAAGAGAAAACAGCUCGUUACAAACUCAAAAUUAACAAUGACGAUUGGCACAGAAGGUUAAAGGAGGAAUGGUCCCCCGUCCAACUGCUGGCAGAAGAACUAAAAGAUUGCGCCACGAAAAAUAAAACGACAGACCUCCGCACUGGGAUGCUCAACAACUACCACGUCGCUUUAGUCGAUGAACACGUCAUCGAUUGUACCACAAAGAAAUUCCACCAGGAUUUCGUGAGUGAUGCCGCGAGUCUUUCAGAAGGUGCUAAAGAAUUGCGUCAGAUGGUCUGCGAAUUGGGCGAAAACGACGAAUGGAAAAACUGGAAAUUUAAAUUGAGCAACACAUUUGGGAAAAGCCAAUCGGCUAUCAAGAAUCCACUAACACGAAAAAUCACAGAGGAAGACGUCGACGAUUUCUUUGAUAAGUUGGUCUUUGUCGUCGAUAUGCCGCACGAAAAGAAAUUCGAGGAAAUUAUGGAAACAAGAGACAUGAGCAAAUUUUAUCAACCAGACAAGUGCAAAGCUCAGACUAUUCGGAUACUACACGAAGUGCCAGCAGAAUUUUCAAAUCAAGAACAAAACUUUUGGCUAAAAGCGGAAAUUGCCAAAAAUAUUUUGUUGGCUGAUGUCACAAAAAUGUCAUUAGAAUAUCAAAGUCAAUUGGAAAAAAAGAUAAAAUUCAACGACAGCGCAAUUCAAAUGAUGGCCGCUCAGUUGAAGCAGUUGCUGGAGUUUGACGGAAGGAAAAAAGUCGAGUGGAUUUCCACACCUUCACCGCAACACACGGCCGUCAAAGUAAUUUCGGCGGUUCAGAUUUUAAUGCGAGAAUUGAAUCAGGAGGGAAACUACUUGGUGGCAUCUUCUGGUCGUCUACAAAAUGAGGAGGAAAAGUGGAAAAAUAUUUUGAAAUUGCAAAAAGGAUUUCAUCAUUUGUUUGUCGUCGUCUGUGAUGAUGAAGCAUCGAAACAAAAUUACGAAAAUUUUAUUUCAGAUGAUGAUGCGUACGAAAAAAAUAUUAUCAUUAUUAUUGGUCUUGGAAAAUCAUCAGCCAGGAUGGAUGAUGAAAUCAAGUACACAGAUUUGAGUCAAGAUUUCCAAGAAGCUAUUUUGUCGAAAACCAUUUGCUUUCAAGGGGAAAAUCUAACUGUAGGAAACUUGAUUGGUCACAAACCGGAAGAAAUAAUGGAUUUCAGUUCAAUAAAGGAAUUGUUAUUUGAAGAAAAAGAAAUCAAAAUCCCGUCAUUCAACGCUUCAACCUUUGAGCAAUCGCUGUACGUCAAGAGGACAUUGCGAUUUCCGUUUCAAAAUCAGUUUGAACUUGGCGGGGAAUGCAGAAUCAGUUCAGAUGGCCACAUCGAAUGGCUCGUCGAAAAGGAAAAACGAAAAGAAAUAUGGAAGAAAAUCAUGAAUGGUGUAACUAAUCAAGCGUCUUCUGCGGGAGUAACUGUCGAUGAUUUGGCUCAUUUAAAAGAGAAUGGAAAUGAAAAGUCGGUUGUCAUUAUAUCCGGAUUAGCCGGAACUGGAAAAUCUACCCUCCUCUGUCACUACUAUGAAGAAAUAAAAAAGGUCAAACCGGACCACUGGGUAAUCAGAAUUAAUUUAGUGGAUCACUACGAAGCAAUUUCGAAACUGGAUAAUAUUUCGCGUUCGAAUGCUGUCAAUAUUUUUGUUAAUCAGCUCCAAGUCGUCGACGAAAAAAGUUCAUUUUCUCGUUCGUUACUGAGAAACCGGUUGGAAAGGGGGGAACGUAUCAUUUUCAUGUUUGAUGGGUUCGAUGAAGUCAACGACCUGUGCCAAAAUAACACAAUUCAAUUGAUGGAGGCCAUCAGCAAAAAUAAAUCAAUUCGACUUUACGUGACAACGCGACCCCACAUGCUCGAAGAUUUGCAAUUCUAUUUAUCCCAGCUGGCAUAUCAUUUGGAAAACUUUACUGAAAAAGACCAAAUCGAUUAUCUUACCUCAUAUUGGGUAAAAGAUGUAAAUCCAUUUGGAGAUAACGAUAAGUCCCUACAACAAUUUGCCAAAUUUUUAGUCGAACGGGUGUCGGAAACUCUGAAAGACGAAGAAAAGUUCUUUGUCGGAAUCCCGUUGCAAUGCAGAAUUCUAGCCGAAUGCUUUCAGUCAAAUGUUAAAGAAUUAAUAACACCAAAUUUUGCAGAAGAUAAAGAAGAGCCUCGCCAGUCGGAAUGUGUGAGAAACAAAAUUUCUGAUUUAAUCGAAGAUCAGAAAUUCGAUUUAGUAAGUCUCUUCAAUCGUUUAAUGGAAACGAAACGUAAAGUAUUUCGUGAAGAGAAAGCCAAUGCUACUAAAACUAAUCAGAUCAUUCUAGACGCCAUUAAUCGUUUGAUACAAGAUAUUGAGGAUCACCUGACAAAAUUGGCCAUCAGAACAAUCGUCACAGAUCAGAAGAUGCUGGACGUCUUGUUGCCACCUCAGCCAUCGCCUAAUCGGUCCGACGAUGACAUCGCUAAUGGGGAAAACACAGUUGCUUUAAACGGUCUGAAAUUCGGAUUGACAUUUAAAAGCGGACAUGAAUCAACAAUUCAAUUUUUGCACAGGACAUACGCCGAGUAUUUAUUCGCCAGAUACUUGUACGGUGGGUUUCUUCUUGAUGAGAAACGACACAACAAGUUACUUGAAAGCGAAUCAAUUCAAAAGUUAAUUCUAAACAAAAUCCUUGCAGUAAAGCAGUACAAUGGCGUACAGAUAUUUUUUGAUUCCAUGUUGAAAGAAUUAGUAGACAGUGACGAGGGAUGGCGCAAUAGAAUCGACAGUCGCGAUUUACCAGAAAGGCUAAACAAAUUUACCAAAAAUCUUUUUACCCAGUUUCUUCGCCAAUCACCACUAUUGCUGAUACCUGGAAAAUUUGUUACAGUGAGAUCCUAUUUUGUAAACGCGCUUUAUUUUUCACUUGCAAAUGGAAAUGGGACGAUAUUCGAAUUUUUAAAUGAUUGUCUCGACGCAACGUUUGAUAACCAUCAAGUUCAAUGGGCCAUGAAGAGUUCUUUCACGCAAGAUUACUGUUAUUUCUCCUUUACAUUUUUUCGCAAUAAAGAAAGCAAACUAUUUAAACGAUUUAUCGAUAUCUUCGACAGUAAUGAAGCUGCAUGUGCCAUCUUCUCAAAAUUCGCUUCGCAUCUUGCAUUGCCACCUUGUGGUUUGGAAUAUUCUCAGUGGAAUGGGAAUAUUCCAUUCAAUGGAAAACAAAAAACUGUGCACCACUUGUUGCAGUUUAUGACAAAUCAAUACGAGGCAUUUGACCAUUGUUUUGGUACCAACAAUGAGAUUUUCAUAGCGCCCAUGUUAACCUUUUUUAUUUUUAAUGAAAAUUACGACAGUCAUUUAAAAAUCUUUUUGGAACUGUUGUCUCGAUCGACUUCCUAUUCUGAAGAUUCCAAAUUUGCGGACUUGCUGAAAAAAACCUUCUGCUCUAAAGACCAUUUUGUUCGUGGUCGAAUAGAAAAAGUUUUAAUCAUCUUAAGUGAUCUUAAAAGACGGAAUUUAUUGACUCAACUCUAUGGCAUAGUUCUUGCGAUAGAACCAGAAGCCUUCGAGAAUAUCUAUCAGCCUCCUCUUUUACUAAAUGAGAAAGAUGCGAUAUCAGAGGACCUAAAUAAGUUGCUUGAACCGGAUUCAUACCGAAUGACUGGCCUUCACCGAGCAGCAUUUCAUGGUGACACUGAAUGGAUCGAGAAAAUAUUGGAAAAGAUUCGAGAAAAUUUGGACCCAGUAAAUGAAAGUAAAGUCAUGAUUCGGGAUGACUAUGGUUUCACGCCAUUUUACGUUGCUGCUGUCCGGGAUCAAGAGAAAAUCUAUAACAACAUGUUGGCCUUCUUAAAAAAAAAUCUUUCUGUUGAUGCAUUGAAAAAACACUUGAUGGACACUAAGGGAUUCAUCCACAAUGCGCUGUCGGACGCCAUCGAAUCGGAAAAAGUGCAAAUGGUUCAACUGAUUUUGAACGCAAUUAAACGGGAACUAGGACAAAAUUAUCUAAUCAAUUUACUUACGACAAAUAGUACUAAAGGGUCUAAUAUUUCCUCAAGUUCAUUCUUUAUCAAAUGCAAAACAAAAGAAUUAUUCAACGCAGUGGCAAAGGUAGUCGUGGUUAGAGACGACAGUGUGAAGGAUUACAGAGAUUUGUACGACUUGGUCUUUCACGACAAUUCAACAAGAAAUACCCUCAAGUUUAUCGACGUAGAAAAUCUUCAAGGAUUGUUGUCACUAAAAGGCGUCGAAUAUUUUACGAAACAUGUUCUAGAUAGCAAUAAUUCGGUUAACUUUGCCUUUCCAUUAAUGUCACACCACCUUCUACAACAUUUUAACGAAGAUCAAAUCAAGCAGUUUGUUCAAACUAUUACUUUAAAAAACAACAAGAAAAAAAUUAGAAGCAGUACGGUCACUAUCCCUCACGUAGCUGACACAGAACAGGCGAAAUCAAUCGCCUUAAGUUUCUUCCCGGAGUGGACUAAAGACGACUUGGUAUUUGACGACCAGGGUAACGGAACCACCAACAUUUACGCGGAACGACAAGUACCGAGACGCAGUUACUGGAGGGAUUUAAUCAAUUCAGCGCUAACUGCUCAUUAUGACGAUCGUGGUUUUGUAUCUCGAGAAGAUGUCCAUUGCAUUUUUGACUGUUUGAAACGCGUGGGCGACAACUCUGCGAAACAACUUUUACUCCACGAAGAAGACAAUGGCUUCAUCAUGAUUCCAGCAUCACAACAAAUCGUCCAACUCAUGUUAACGCAUUUGUCACAAGAAAGCCAACAGGAAGUCAAACGACAAUGGAAGAAUAACGCACCCCCCAUGAACACAUUAAUAGAUUCGAAUUCCAAAGGGAAUAAUCUCAAAUUCGGACGUUAUUGUAGCGAAAUUUUACUGUUUUAUUUAAAUUAUGGCAGUGACGUUCACCUAAGUGAUUUCGUAAACCUCGUCACGAUGCUACACCAGAUUGGCGAAGAACAGUUUACGGUAUGGAGUUGCAUAUUCAAAAAUUGCGACAAAGAAGCGAGCGAAAUCUUGAAGCUUGUCUCAGAGAAAAUUGAAAUUCUAGGCCGAGAUGACGUAAAACAGCUACUGCUUCAUGAGAUCGACCAAAUUCCCUUCAUAAUCAAAGCUGUUUCGUGGGGGGAAGAUGUUGAUGCCCGACUCGAAAUUUUGCCAAAAGAAAUCAAAGAAGAAAUUCAACCACUAAUUAAACAAAAGGCACCCGAGUUCAUCAAAAAUUCGCUUUGCGACCUCAAAGCGUUUUUCAAAACAUUCAAUAAGCAACAUUACAAAAAAUUAAAUUCCUUCACGUUUUUCCUGAAUUAUCUCAGCGAUAAAACUCAACUAGAGCAAUUUGUCCAGAAUAUCACAUCAACCGCUGAUGACGGAGAAAAUACACGCAGCAUAUGGGCCGAGCUACUAACCAACGAAUGCCAAGACCACAAAACCGACGACAUUGCAAAAAUGGACAAGUUUAUGAAAUGCCUGUUGGAGAAACUUGGCCCGAAUGCCGUGAAAGAGCUGGUGCUCCACAGCGAUGGUGAAAUGCGAGUCAUAUUUUACCCUGCACUGAGAGGAGAAGAAAAAAUGUUGGAGACGAUGCUCAACUAUAUGUCCACCAAAGAUCGUAAAAAGGUUCAACGUCAAGUCGAUGAAUUCUUGGACGAAACGUUCAAAAUCGAUGAAUAUAAUUAAUAUUACCCUUUCUUUUAAAACUGUUUACAUCACACAUUAUAUAUUAAAAUGUAAUACCCAAAACGGUAUCUCCUAUUCAAAUGACGAUCAAUACAAUUGGACACGUAAUGCUCGAAGUUUAAAAUUUUCUCUCGUAAGUUUCAAAUAAAACUAACACACAAAUCGCUGGGAAAGGAACAUGUAGAAAUAGUCAGUUUCGGUUUUCGCCUAACCGGUUGAUGCAGUUUGCAGUUCAAUAUGUCUUUCUUAUGUUUAAACAGUAGUAAGGAAUGAUAAUUUUAAAUCAGUCCUACCUUGAAACCUGAGAAAUACUGCCAGCCAUCGCCAAGUUCCAUUCACAGAGAUCAAAGGUAGGUCCAAUUAGAGAUGUGGAGGAAAACUGGAGAAAGGACGUCCUCGUGAGCAGCACAUUUGCACUCGCACGAAAUGAUCAAACGGAGUUCAUCUACAUAAUAAAAAAGAAAGGAAAAACAUUUUUGUAAUUAUUUAAGGAAUAUUCACACAUAAGAAUGACAUAACAAAAACAAUAGCUGAUAGAAUAGAUAGAAAAAGCUGAUGGAUAGCUGAAUAAAUCAUUUCCAUGUAGCCAACAUAAAUAUGACAACCAGCUUAACGCACAAAUGACAUUUAUCUUUUUGAAAAAUAAAAGUAAUGGCUCACUUUUUUCCUCUAUGAAUUCAAUUAUAAAAGUUUGUAUCCUUGAAAUGGCUUAAUUCUAAUUAAAGAACAUUUCCUCUCUAGUUUUUCAUUUCUUUAAAAGAAAUCCAGCAAACAUAAACGAAACAAUUAAUUAAACUGAAUACAAAAGUAAUAUUUAAAAAUAACUCGGUUACGACAUGAGCAGUUUCCAUGUUGUCAUCACCAAAGUAAAUGAAAAAUGAUGUAACAUUUUAUUAUCUUCCGUUGCUACGCUCUUCCGAUAACAUUGCCAGACGAAUAAAAAGCGAUUGGAGCUGACUGAUUGCAGUUGAGCGUAACUACCCAAAAGUUCUCUGUAAUUUUGUAAAUGUAUCGCCGUUUUACUGAAACAUAGUCAAUAAUCCAAUUAAAAGUUACUUCGUUAACGAAGUCACAGGACACUGUGACGCUGUGAGUUAGUGCUUUAAUUUAACAUUAUGGAACCUAGUAAAACGCCAAAACGCCCUAGCAACGAUGACGCUACUUCAGCAACAACGAUUUCACCUCAAAGUAAGAACAAAAUUCAAUUAAAAAAAUUGUCGUUGAAAGAAGAGAUAAUAUCAAAGUGCGAUAAGAAAUUUUUGAUUGCUGCUUCGUUCGAAUAUCAAAAGCAAUUGAACGAACAGUGCGAAUUCAACGACGAAGCCAUUCAGGAAAUGGAAGAGAAUUUAAAUCAGCUGUUGACGUCUCCAAACAAAAUUGAGCGCAUCGCCACGAAAUUUCCGAAACAAACGGCAGUCAAGGUGAUUGCGGCACUUGAAAAAUUUAGGUUGGAACAGCCGAUCGCCAGUGACAAAGUAAAGAAAAAGUAUUAUCAGCGGAAGGAUAGCUUCUUGAUGACGUCAUUAAGUAGUCUAAUAGAGUCAACGUUUAAAAACAUAUUAACGAAUAAUAAUUCUUAUUGCCAUCUUACAUCGUUGCUGUCCGCGAAUAAAGGCACAAAUUGCAAAUCACGAUUUUGUUUUGUGAUCACUCUCAUUCACAAAAAAAAUCAAUUAAAUUAACUGAGCAAAAUGAUCCUUAGUU